UUUCUCUCGUUGUGGAAUGGUUAUCGAUGUAUUGCCCUAAAUUUAGAUCCCAUUGUAAAAUGCAUUUCAGUUUAUCGAAAAUAUUUAUUAUCCUCUGAUUUUCGUAAUCGCGAUAAAUAACGCGCAGAGAAACAAAUGCGAAUGAACGAGGAGGAACAUAACCUCUAAGAGUCUCUCUCCGGAUUUUGGAAUAAAAAAAAUCAUGGAAACAGUUGUUAAAUUCUUGUCAUUUUCCACAUACACAUUUUAUCGUAGGAAAAAGGAAAAAUCAUGUUGAAAUAUUCGAGAAAAAUUAAAAAAUUGCGGUAUACUUUUUGGAGAAGUUAUAUCGAUACUUUUAUCUCCGGUAAGCGGACCGUUCAGUAGACCGACAGCGAAUUUGAUCAGGAAUGAUCAGAAAUCGCUGACAAAUCAACAUUGACUGAUUCGCAUUAAGCUCUCGUUACUCUUGUUUUAAUGAACAAAAUAUCACAGUUUGGCCAUUCAUGGUUUGGAGCAUUCUGACAUAACCUGAUAAUAGAUUGAGAGUAGAAGCUGAGUUCGUCAAUGCAUUUUCGCUCCAUUUUUGCCGGCAAUCUGCGUCAACUGUGUAGCAACAUGUCAAAACCUGCUUGAUUUGUCGUCAUAUUUUGUUGACGACAACAUAAUUUGCUAUAUCUCUGCUAAAAUUCUGCCAACAUUAUUGAAUAUGCCAGAAUCUAUAUUAUAUCCAUCACAUCCAUAGUUUCUGUUGGGAAAAUUUAUAACAGACAUUUAUGACAAAAUCUGUUCUUAACACUCCUGACUUAAUAUCUCUCGAGAAGAUGUUGAAGAAUACGUUUAGAUACAUGCCACUGUUGUACAGUAUCGCUAAUAAGCCGCUACACUUAUGGUCGAAACAUGUAUCCUUUGGUGGCAAAGUUCGUAGAGUGAGCGACAAUCAAUUGCAUGGAGAUAAAGUAAUCGAGAUCACUGGGCCUCACGACAACACGAUUCCCACGAAUAUAACUAUUCCUGCCAAAGCACUAGACAUCCUGAAUAUAAAACUUCCUAUUCUCAUAUUAAUUGUAAAGAAUUUGAACUUGUGGUUCAAAUUGGAAGUUCAAUAUCUUAAUAAUGAUUCUCUACUUUUGAUACAUAUGAAGAUAAUAGAUAAGCAACAAUAUCGGAGAAGAUUCUCCUUUAUGACCUACAAUGUUGAAAAACUACCAAGCAUCAAUGCAAGUAUAGCUCGUAUUCCAUUGAGAUUGGAUGACUGUUGGAAUUUCUUAGAGAUAAAUCUUCAAACUCUUUGUCACCAAGUGUAUAAGACGGAUUACGAGGCUCUGCAAAGAGUAACGAUCUAUCAGAAUUGUCAUUUAAGAAGAGUGUAUCUGCAAAAUCGUCAUUAUAAUGAUGAUGAGCUGUAUCGAACUUUCUUCAAUAUGUAUAUGUUAAAGCAGGGAAUCACUUUCAUCGAAAAGUCUUGUCAGACGGAAGAUUGUUACACAGGUUUUAUAAAUUCUCGAAGAAAAGUGAAAUAUAUACAUAUAUUAGCGUAUAUUUAUUUCUUUUUGGCUUUUAGGACCUUUAGAGCAAUCUGAUUUGAAUUGUUUUGUUGAAGAUAAUUCUAGUAGUACACUGUUAACAAAAAUGGAUUCACGUAAAACCGCAGGCAGCAUGGAAAAACUGAAAAGUAAUCUAUCGAUGAAUUUAAAUUUAUAUAAUUCUGAUACAUUAAAAAGGAAUCACAUGUUACUGGAUGCGUUAAAUGAUGCAAUAAAAAAAACGGUAUGUUUUUUGAAGACAAAGUGAAUGCUUCACAAAAUUUCUAGUAAAUGAUCCAGUUAUAGAAAAUAAAUUAAAAAAAGAUAGAUAGAUAAUAGUAGUGACAACAGAAAAAGUAAAUCAACAUUAUGAAAACGUAUAAGACGGAAAACUCUUUACUAAAUAUAAAAAUUAAUAAUCAUACGUCGCGACUUGCGUCUUCUAUCGAAUUAAAAACGAUCAUGAAGAGCCAAUUUUUGAAAAUGUCAACGAAAUAUUAUUCUAAGAUAAUGGAAUUCCAAAACGUCCGCCGAAAAUUCAGAAUGCAGGAGAUACAUAUAUUAACUUAAUGAACUGCACGUUAAAUAAUAACGCUAAUAAAAUACAGACAGGAAAAAAUAAUUCCACGACACCAAAAUUUAAAGUAGAUGCCAUGGGUUUUUUGUCGUUUUUUAAAGCCGAUCUAUCUGAAAACAUUAAGCUUGAUAACAUAAAUAAUAAUGUGUCUGACAUUUCAAGUAAUGAAUACAUUCGUUCUAAGCAUAAAUAUGUAAAAGAGAGUGAUAAAAGUACCGCCAGUCGUUUAAGAUCUUUAGUUAGUAUUGAAGAUGCUGAAAAUUUAAAUGAAAAUAUAUAUAAACAAAUGCAUUCCAUCUCUAAUUGAGAAAGAAGACGAGAACUGGACGAAAUGACAAGGCAUGUAUUUAACGAUGGAUAAAACUUACAUAUCAAAUUUUGUAGCAAUAAAUUAUUCCGCGAAGAAAAAUUACAGGAUAAAGAACUUACCGUAUACAUAGAAUUAUUAUUAUAUAAUAUAACAAGUAUCGAAGAAACUGUCAAGAAAAGUUUACGAACAAAGAUGACAUACAAAUAAAUGUAUUGAUUCGCAAUAAAUUUAACUGCUUUUUAACAGAUUAUUUG